UUCAAUCCAAAAGAAUUAAGUAUUUGACCCAGGUCUGGCUGAUAUCAAUAAUUGCUGUGAGUUAUAUGGAGAUAUGUCAGAAACUGCUUUGAGUUACAGUAUAUGGAGAUAUUUGUAAGGACUGUUGUGCUGUGAUAUAGGUAGGAGAUGCAAGCAGGGAUAUCAGUUUAAGACUGACAUCAUGGCGGAGGGAGUGAACGUGACGGGCACCACACCGGUCCCCACACCGGACCCUACGGAUGCCAGCCAGGUGGCGCAGAUGGUGGUCACCGUGGCGAUCUUCGUGGUGGGGAUCCCGCUGAACGGGCUGGUGGUGUGGGUGCUGGGGGUGCGGGGCGGGAGGCGGGAGGGCCACAGCGGGGAGGAGCCUCGAGGCGCCGGAACCUUCCGGACGUACGUGGUGCACCUGGCGCUGGCGGACCUGGUGCUGGUCCUGCGCAUCCCGCUGAUGCUGGGCUACCUGGCGGCCGGUUACCGCUGGCCCUUCGGCCUGGCCGCCUGCCGGCUCGUCAUGUUCCUGCGCGGCCUGGGGCUCUACGCCAACGCCUUCCUGCUGUGCGCCAUCUCCACCGAGCGCUGCCUGUGCCUAAUGCGCCCCGUCUGGUUCCGCCUGCGCCGCCCCCGCUGGACCGUCCUGCUCGUGUGCGCCCUCCUGUGGCUGCUGGCCGGGGCCCUGAGCGUGCCCUACCUCUCCACCUCCGCCCUCGUGGGCAACCGGACCCAGUGCCACGAGAGCAGUGGCAACAGCACGUUGGGCCUGCUCAUCACCGAGACCACCGUCGGCUUCCUCCUCCCGCUGCUCCUCUUCCUCACCACCAACCUGGUGGUGCUGCUGACCGCCAGGCGGGCGGGGGGCUCGGGGGCCGCCUCCGCCUCCACGCCCACGCCCAAGCGCCUUGUGCGGCUGUACCGCGUGCUCUUCCUCACCAUGCUCCUCUUCCUCACCUGCUGGGUGCCGUACUUCACCUUCCGCUUCCUGCUGAGGCUGGCGGUGGAGGAGAGCAGCGUGCAGCUGACGAAGGUGUCCUACAUCGGCGUGUACAUCUCGCUGUACCUGGUGUACCUGAAGAGCGCGCUCAACCCCGUCAUCUACGUGUUCGCGGCGCGCGGCCUGGGCCGCACCAUACGCGCCUCCAUCUUCUCCACCGUCGACCGCAUCUUCAACGAGGAAACGUCCGACUACGCCCGGCGCCGGUCUCUGCGCCGCACCGACUCGCAGUUCUAGACCGCGCGUCUGAGCCCUGCGGGGGCCGGAGCACACGCCUGACUCAUGAGCACUCCGAGAGAGCCGGGCCGCUGCGGAGGGCUGAUUCGGACACGCUCAGGCAGCCACUCCACUCUCAGAACAAAAUGGUCCCAAAAGCAGCCCCGUGAUUGGAGGGUUCUUUGUCAGGGAGCUCGCACACAGAGGGUUCCACACAGAACCAGAACGGGUUCCUCCGCGCAGACGAGCCCAACAGGGGCACGACUGUAACACACAUUCGUGCGGAAGGACAGAACCAUUCCCGUGGGACUCUGAGGAAGAACUUCACGCUCACUCCUGGGUUAAUAUGGGCAGCACAUGCACACUGGAAAUCCUGCACAUGGUCAUUUCUCAUUAUCUCGGUAUGUCUGUAAUUCUCCUAUAUGUUAUAUUUUUUUAUGGCAGUGUAUGUAAAAAAUAUUGGCUAUAACUUGAUUAUAUUAUGCAUUCUAUUUACAAUAUUGCAUAUUUUUUUGUAUUUUUAAGAAUGUUUGAUAAAUGUGACACAAUUUGCUGAAUGUAAAACAGAGUUGUUAUGUUUGUGUUUUGAUAUAUAAAAUAUAAAAUUCAAUAAAAAAAGUUUAUGCUUUCAUUUUCACAUUCCCUUUACCUGUGUCAGCGAUAUGUAGGUGAAAUGCUUAAUGGUAAUUGUAUUAUAAUGCCUAAUUUGAAGGCCAGUUUUGUAGAGUAUGAUGCCAUUGUAAAAAUAUGUAUCUGGUUUAUGUAACUUCCUGAAUAAACACAAGGAUUAAUAUAAUAAACAUAAGGAACAAGAUA